AUGGCGACCGAAGACCAUUCCCUCCGAAAGCGCAUUCCUCAAUCCUCACCCGCGGUCGAGUCGAGCCUUGGUCUACCCAAUGGCAGCGUUCCUGCCAGUGAGAAACCGCAUCCAGCGGGUGAAGUCAAAUACAGUGUCCUGAGCCAAGUACUUCGUGCACUGCUGCUACUGGCCUGGUUCAAUUGUGGUGCAGUCUGCAUCAAUGUCACUCAAUUUCUUGGGGCACCGCUCUAUUGGUUAAACAAAGACUAUUAUUAUGCAUACAUGGCGUUGACAAAACAAUCGUUUGCUAUCAUGGUAAUUGCAGGGACACGAUGGUUCGCCCCGACCAAAGUGCGCGUGAGUUGGGAUAAAGAUCUCCGAGGGCAAUUCCGCAAAACGUCGGCUGGGAGGCUUGAGACGGCAUUCCCUGAACGGCUGGUGUAUAUUGCCAAUCAUCAAGUAUACACCGAGUGGUUGUACCUCUGGUGGAUUGCCUACACUAGUCGGAUGCAUGGGCACAUCUUCAUCAUUCUUAAAGAGUCCUUGAAGUACGUGCCUGUCUUAGGUCCUGGCAUGAUGUUCUACGGAUUCAUUUUCAUGGCACGCAAAUGGAUUUCGGACAAGCCUCGCCUGAAGCACCGGCUCCAAAAGCUCAAGACCCGACACAGCGGCCCCAUGUCUGGCUCGGAUGGACUGGAUCCCAUGUGGCUGUUGAUUUUUCCAGAAGGCACCAAUCUUUCUCAAAAUACGAAGAAGGGAAGUGCAAAGUGGGCUGAAAAGCAAGGUAUACCUGACAUGAAGCACCAGCUUCUGCCACGGAGCACUGGUCUUUUGUUCUGUCUCCAGGAAUUGCAAGGCACCAUCGAAUGGGUCUACGACUGCACAAUUGCUUACGAAGGCUCACCAAAAGGGGGUUUUGCCCCAGAUAUUUUCACAAUUCGGUCGACAUAUUUGCAAGGUCGGCCACCGAAAAGUGUCAAUAUGUACUGGCGUCGGUUCGCAAUGUCUUCGAUUCCUCUUUCUGAUGCCAAAGAGUUUGAGCUUUGGCUACUCGAACGCUGGCGAGAGAAGGAUGAGAUACUGGAGGAAUGGUACAACACCGGGCGCUUCCCAUCGGACGCCGAAUCCGCAGAUGCUAAGCACGGAGUGUCCGAGGAUGGCUUCAUUGAAACAGAAAUGACACUCACCAACUGGAUGGAAAUUGGCCAGAUUUACGUGGUGCUGGCGGCAGCUGCACUCGUGGUGAAUGUGGUGGUCAAGUUUUUUGGUAUCUUUAGGAGGCUGACAUGA